AUGGCUGCUAGGAUGUCCUCAGUCAAAACUGCUUUUCUGCUCUUCACCGAAGACCAAGAGGAGAACUGUGAGAAACUGCGGACGGUUUUAGAAUACAACUCUGACGGUUGUAUAUGUAUUGUUGACUUGGUUGAUGUGCGUGGUUCAUCACUGGAAGAGAAACUUCGUGAUGGCUGCGAUUGCAUUUUGUUAGUUUGUUCUUCGCUCGCUGUACAACUGAUCAACGACGAAGAAUCUUCAAUUUUUAAAACGAAAAGUGGGCAUCGAGUUAAAUUCGAUGGAAAAAUCAUUAGCAAAGUCUUGAAAUGCAGCGACGGCAGGGUAAGGAAGAAAGUGAUUCCGGUAUCUUUUGCAGAGUUACCUUCGGCACUGCAUCAGAAUCCUGAAGAAAGGAAGAAAUGUCGAUACAACACGAUUUCGUUUGAGAUAAAACAAGGAGAGGUGAAUGAAGAGAUGCUGGAGGGUGAUGUUUUGGAAAGUUUGAUCGAUGUCAUAAAAAAAGCGAAGCCUUAA